AUGCUAAAGAGUCUAGCACGAAAGCAUAAUAUGACGACCUCUUCCCAUCCUUGGUCUGCUAGUACUGUUAGAAGCACUUUCUUGGACUAUUUCAAGAAUAAAAGUCACACCUAUGUUCCAUCUUCCUCGGUUGUUCCUCAUAAUGAUCCAACAUUGUUGUUUGCCAACGCAGGUAUGAACCAAUACAAACCCAUCUUCUUGGGUACAGUUGAUCCAACUUCGGAGUUUGCCACUUUGAAGAGGGCUGUUAACUCUCAAAAAUGUAUCAGAGCUGGUGGAAAGCACAACGAUUUGGAAGAUGUGGGUAGAGACUCAUAUCACCAUACUUUUUUCGAAAUGUUGGGUAACUGGUCUUUUGGAGACUACUUCAAGAAGGAGGCUAUUGCUUACUCCUGGGAGUUGUUGACUGAAGUUUACAAAUUGGACAAAGACAGAUUAUAUGUCACAUACUUUGAAGGAGAUGAAAAGAAUGGUUUGGAGCCUGACUUGGAAGCCAAGGAGUAUUGGUUGUCCGUCGGUGUUGCCCCCGAUCACAUCUUACCUGGUGAUGCCCAUGACAACUUUUGGGAAAUGGGAGAUCAAGGCCCAUGUGGUCCAUGCUCUGAAAUUCACUAUGAUAGAAUUGGUGGAAGGAACGCUGCUUCUUUGGUGAACCAGGAUGAUCCGAAUGUUUUAGAAGUGUGGAACAUUGUGUUCAUUCAAUACAACAGAGAAGCCGAUUCCAGUUUGAAGCCGUUGCCAAGUAAGCAUAUUGAUACCGGAAUGGGUUUUGAAAGAUUGGUUUCUGUCUUACAGGAUAAAUCUUCCAACUACGACACCGAUGUCUUUCAGCCAAUUUUCGAGGAAAUUAGAAACAUCACCGGCGUUAGACCUUAUACGGGUAAAUUCGGAGCUGAAGAUGUCGAUGGUAUUGACACUGCUUACAGAGUUAUUGCUGAUCACGUGAGAACAUUGACAUUUGCAAUUUCGGAUGGUGGUGUUCCAAACAAUGAAGGAAGAGGUUACGUCUUGAGGAGAAUUUUGAGAAGAGGUGCGCGUUAUGUUCGCAAAUACAUGAACUGUCCAAUAGGCUCGUUUUUCCAACAAUUGGUUGACGUUGUUAUUGAAAACAACUCCUCUAUUUUCCCUGAAAUUGCUAAGAACAAGGACAUGUUGAAGGAAAUCUUGAUGGAAGAAGAGGUUUCAUUUGCCAAGACCUUGGACAGAGGUGAAAAGUUGUUCGAACAGUACGCCAUUAUUGCAUCAAAGACUCCAGAGCAAACUUUAUCUGGUAAGGAUGUGUGGAGAUUGUAUGAUACCUAUGGUUUUCCUGUUGAUUUGACCAGAUUAAUGGCAGAGGAAGCUGGCUUGAAGAUUGACGAGGAAGCCUUUGAAAAGGCGAAGGAAGAAUCUAGAGAAGCUUCGAAAGCGACAAAUACCAAGGGCGGUGCUACUUUGAUUAAGUUGGAUGUGCAUGCUUUGUCGGAGUUGGACAACAACGAAUCGAUCACUAAGACUAACGAUGUUUACAAGUAUGGGUUGGAUAAUAUUGAAUCAAAGAUCGUCGCAAUUUACGAUGGCUCUAAAUUUGUCGACACGAUUUCUGAAGCUGGUCAACAGUUUGGUAUCAUUUUGGACAGAACACCAUUCUAUGCUGAGCAAGGUGGUCAAGAGUAUGACACGGGUAGCUUGGUUAUCGAUGGUAGUGCCGAGUUUGCUGUCACGAACGUUCAACUGUAUGGUAGUUACAUUCUCCACACUGGUACCAUGGUUGAGGGUACCUUGAAAUUGAACGAUAAUGUCAUUGCUACUUAUGAUGAGUUGAGAAGAUGGCCAAUCAGAAACAAUCACACUGGUACUCAUGUUUUGAACUUUGCUUUGAAAGAGGUUUUGGGUGACGGUAUCGAUCAAAAGGGUUCCUUGGUUGCCCCAGAGAAAUUGAGAUUUGAUUUCAGCCAUAAGCAAGCAUUAACUCCUAAGGAGCUUGAACAAGUCGAAAAUAUCUCUAGCGAAAUCAUCAAGAGCAACAAGCAAGUUUAUGCUGAGGAAGUGGAGUUGACAAAGGCUAAGCAGAUUGCAGGUGUUAGAGCUGUUUUCGGUGAGACAUACCCAGACCCUGUGAGAGUUGUAUCCAUUGGUGUCGCAGUGGCCGAUUUGCUCAAAGAUCCAACUAACCAGGACUGGACUAAGUUAUCUAUCGAAUUUUGCGGUGGUACGCAUGUCGCAAAGACCGGUGACAUCAAAGACUUCGUCAUUAUCGAAGAAUCUGGUAUUGCAAAAGGUAUCAGAAGAAUUGUUGCUGUUACUGGUCACGAGGCCCAGGAAGUUCAAAGAAUUGCAAGAGAGUUUAGUGCGAGCUUGGAUUCUGCCGACAAAUUAUCCUUUGGUCCAGAAAAGGAGCAAAGGGCGAAAGAGUUGGGUGUUGCUUUGAAGCAACUCUCCAUCUCUGUCUUGGACAAGCAGAAGUUGAAUGAGAAGUUUACCAAGUUGGACAAGUCGAUCAAGGACCACUUGAAGGCUAAACAGAAAGAGGAAUCUAAGAAAACUUUGGAAGCAGUCAACGGUUGGUUGAAGGACGAGGAAAAAUCUAAGACUGCUUUCUUUGUCGCUCACGUUCCAAUUAGUGCGAACGCCAAAGCCAUCACGGAAGCCAUCAACUUGAUCAAAAAGCAGCACAAGGACAAAUCUCUCUACUUGCUCACAGGUACAUCUGAGAAGGUUGCUCACGGAUGUUAUAUUUCUGAUGAGGCUAUAAGCAAGGGCAUUGAUGCUUCCGAAUUAGCUAAAGCUGUCUCUGCUCAUAUUGGAGGUAAAGCUGGCGGAAAGGGUAAUGUUGUUCAAGGUAUGGGUGACUCUCCUGAGGGUAUCGAUGCUGCUGUUGAAACGGUUACUAAGUUGCUUGCUGAGAAGUUGUAA